AUGCUAGACUUCAACAACUGCAUUCAAAAUUGUGAUUUGAUUCAAGCUCCAAAAACUGGACUAGAAUUUACUUGGUCCAAUAAUAAAGCAGGAAAGAAAAGAAUAAUUUGUAAACUGGAUAGAUCUUUUUAUAAUUUACAAUGUCUUGAAGCUUAUCCAAGUGGGGGGUAUAAAGUGGGAACAAGAGGUACAUCUGAUCAUAGUCCUCUGUUUGGUGCAAAUGCUUCUCUUCCAAAACCUGCAAAUGUUCCAUUCAGAGCUCUUAAGGUGUGGAUGACUCAUGAAGGUUUUAAAAAAAAUGUCUUUGGGGAUGUGAAGAAAAAAAUUCUGCAAGCAGAAGAGGAAGUAAUGAAGCUCACUCUUAUUUCAAAUCAAUAUCCUAGUAAUAUUGAUAUACUAAAUCAACUUGUAACAACUAGAGGAGUUCAAGAAGUCUUAACUCAGCAGAAUCAAGAAAUUGAGAAACAAAAAGCAAGAGUUAAAUGGCUUAAAUUUGGUGCUGCCAAUACCAAGUUCUUUCAUGUAAACAUGAAGCUCAGGCAAAUGCAUAAUGCCAUACUGGAAUUAGAGAAUGGAGAGGAUAAUGAAAUCUUAGAAGCUACUCCUACAACAGAAGAAAUAAAAUAUGCAGUAUUUGAUCUUGAUCCAGAUAGCUCACCUGGACCAGAUGGCUUUGGAGGAUGGUUCUAUAAGAUGGCUUGGGAUAUAAUUAGUGAAGAUUUUGUUAACGCUACACAAUAUUGUUGGGAAAAGGAAUUCAUCCCAGCAGGUAUGAAUGCAAACUUCUUAAUGUUUCUUCCUAAAGUUAAAAAUGCAAGAAAAGCGAAUCAAUUUAGACCAAUUGGUCUAAUGAAUUUCUGCUUUAAGGUUUUUACCAAAAUUAUAACAUUAAUAUUAAGUACAAUAGUUCAAAAGAUUAUAUCUCCACAACAAGGUGCUUUUAUCAAAGGAAGAAAUAUCCAAGAUCAGAUAGUGCUUGCUUCAGAAAUGAUAAAUGAACUGGAAAAAAAGAGAAGAGGAGGUAAUAUGGAUUCAUAUCUUCUAAAAUCAGCUAAAAUUUCAGUUCUUGUAAAUGGAGGACCAGUAGGCUUCUUUAAUAAUGGAGAAUUGCUUCCAAUGGUCUACAAGAAUGGAGCUCAUCCAACUCAUAUAAUGUUUGCAGAUGAUAUAUUUCUUUUUUGCAAUGGAGAUAGAAGAAAACUGAGAAGAUUAUUGAAGAUUCUAGAAACUUAUCAAAAAGCUUCAGAGCUAGAAAUUAAUCUUUCAAAGAGUAAAUGCUUUAUAGGAGGUACAAGCAAUGCAAGAAAAAUCCAACUGGCUGAAGAUUGUGGAAUGAUAUUAUCUACUUUCCCUGAUAAAUAUCUUGGAGUUAUGCUUAAUCCAGGAAUGAUUAGAGCUAAACAUGUAUGGGGAUGUGUGGAAAUGUUGCAAGAGAAUUCAGCAGGCUGGAAAGGAAAAUUGUUAUCAUUUCAGGAAAGGUUGGUCUUAAUGAAAUUUGUAUUGUGCAGCAUACCAAUACACAACAUGUUUGUUUAUAAGUGGCCCAAAAAAGUUUUGAAGGAAAGUGAAAAGAUCAUAAGGAAUUUUUUGUGGUCUGGAGAUCCAUCAGUUAGAAAGACAUUAACUCUAAAAUGGGAGAAAACCUGUUCUCCAUUAUCUGAAGGUGGCUUGGGCAUUAUAGAAUUAAAAGAUAUAAAUAAGUCAAUGCUAAUGAAGUUAUGUUGGAGAAUUCAAAAUGGAAAUGAUGAAUGUGCCAAAUUGUUUCAAGGAAAAUUCCAAGAUAAAAAUGGUAACUGGAUUGAAUAUUACACAAAGUCCUUAAUUUGGCCAGGAAUCAAGUGGGUGGUUGAUGAAGCUUUUGAGCAUACUAGAUGGCUAGUGGGUGAUGGGAAAAAUAUAUCAUUCUGGAAGGAUACUUGGAUAAAAGACAGACCUUUAAAAGAUAUAUUUCCUUAA